AUCUUAUCUACCCGUGUCCGGGUCGCUAUUUAGAUCACAGACCGUGAGUGUGUGAUCGCGUUUACAAAGGGUUUCUCCUCCACUGCCGUGCGUGCGGGGGAAACAUUCCAACCCACAUUCGAAUUCUAUCGAAGGAGGCGGGUGAACACAAAAAAAACCAACAUCCCAACGCAGAAUUGAAAGGCAGUGAACCGUUUGAUGUGUCAAAACCUGACCUAAAGUUCCCGCCUUACACAUUUGCUCUAGCAGCAGCAGGCGAAGAAAACGUGGAGUAACGAAAACGGAAAACCGAAGUCCCAAGUGUAUAAAGUGUGUACCAGCGAAGCUGCUACGACCGAGUGCAUGUGCUGUUAAACGUGUUAGAAAAGUGGCAUUAUUUAAAUAAAAAGCUGUGCAGUGAAAUCUUGUUUUGUGAUCCGCGUUUUGCGCCAUUAGUGAAAAAGUGCGGCACACGAUUGCAUAUGCCUCUGCUGUGUGUGGAUUGCAAAAGUCCAAAGUGUCCCAAGUGAAACAGAGGGCUCUGAGUAGCGGUAUCCUGUUUGGCUCUCGGAAGAAGCCUAUACCGAUCCUGAAUUUCCAUUUCCUGGAACUCUUGCCGAAAGCAGACACAGGCAGAUAAGCAUUUUUUUUCGCAUACAUCCAAGAACGCCGUCGAUUGAACGACUCAACAUGAACUACAUCAGCGCGAUUGGGAUACUAACUGCCCUGCUAUGCAUGAACGGGUGGUUGGUGCACGCCCGAAAGUGUUACAUCUGUGGCGAGGGUGCCGAUGGCCCGUUCCGGACGCUACCGACGCAUCACGGCCAGAGCAGUGUGCCGACCGUGGAAGGCACUUGCGAAGACUUCCGGCCGGAGGAGAAGUAUGCCUUCGACUGUCCACCAACGUACACGAGCUGCCUGACGCAGGUUGAUGGUGAUAUCGAGAUACGAACGUGCGGUGAAAAUCUGGCCAUCAACGAUUGCAAGAGUGCUAACAGCAUCGACUACUGUUACUGCAGCACGGACCUGUGCAACCAGCUGACCCGUGCCGAGAUCCGCCGGUCGAUCGAAACCUCGCUGAUGCAUGCGCACCACCGGAACCGGCUGGGCGGUGGUGCUGGUAUGCAUCAUCAGCUACCGCCCAACAACAGCGAUGACGAGGAUAUGGCCGAAUCCUCCGGUAUGGAUGGUGACCGAAGCGAAACGCACCAUCGUACGCUGCCGUCGUCGCGUUCGUCCUCGCAGCAGCACCACCGGGAGAUGCUGCACAAUGGCGGUGGGGGUGCGAUUGCUGCUCCCGGCCAUCGGGACGUCACGACGCAACUCACCAUUACGCUCAAGCCGGUAGCGACAACGGCCGAUCGGCGAAGCAAGGAAGACUCGAACGGCACCGCCUCGUCGGAUCGAAGCAGAGAUGGCAACGCUAUUCCGAGCACGAGCAGCAGCUCGGCACCAUCCUCCUGCAGCUCUGUGGGCCGACUGGUUGUUUUUGCCAGCUGUUCGGUGCUCCUGUUGGCCACACUGCAACACUUUCCAAUCAACACCGAUCCGUACUAAACCGUGGGCCGCUGUUGGGGCCGAACCGUAUUUUGCAAACGCCCGACUGCAUUCCAAGAAUGAAGCUCACACCACCGGCGAGUGUGUAUGUGAGAGAGAGAGAGAGUGGCGUUAGCUGUGAUGAUGCUAAGCGUUUUCGUCGUCUUGGUCGUCGUUGAUCCGCAAGAUCCGAAAUUAAACGCAAAACAGAAAAAUAAAACCAUAACCCAAUGGUAGCGAAUUUUCCUUUCGGUGCAUAGAAGAGUAAGUAGACAAAAAGGGUAGUGUCCUUGCCAUUUCCCCGCAUCCCCACAUCCCCCUGUCCUUGGGGGGGUUUUGGAUCGAUUAGUAGAUUAGUAGUAAUCAUGUUUCACGCAGCAUGAGUACACCACCACCACCACCGUUGAAACGCACUCACACGGCAGAACGACCCUAUUUGUGCGGUGCCAUACAUCGGUUCAAUCUGUUCCGCCGCUAGUCCUUCGGUCUGCAAUAAUUGUCUGUACACCACGCGAGAGCGCGCGGGAUAAGGGCUGUAGACAUCUGUACAUAAUUGUAAAUAGCGAAAACAGCCACUAAACCUACAGCCACUACUACCAAUGGCUACGUUCUGCAUCGUCGACGACGACGAGCUAAAUCUAUCAUGUAUUCUAUUAUCGUAAACAACUUCUUCUCAUUCCAUCCCUUCCCGCAAACUAAAAGGACACACACGCAGCAAUACACGUAGGCAAUAGUCGGUUAGAGCGGAACGUGAAGCAAGCGACCACGGCGCGAGUAGCAGUACUAGUAGUAGUAGUAGUAGUAGAACCAGGUUAGGCUGUAUUGGAUUAUAGGAUGAAAGCAGCAGCAGCAGCAGUAGGAUGUAGUUUUGUGUGUAUCUUCCCGCCACCGGGCACAAUUUUGUCCGCACAAAUGAGUUUCGUGGGAGAGCUUCGUUUUGUUUUGGGGCCACACACCAAUCGCUCAACAAUCCCCAAAAAUGCUCCCUUCCUGAGGCUACGAUUGCCGCCAGUAGAGAGAAGUCGAGUUGACAUGUGUGUUCGUGUGUGUGUGUGUGUGUUUGUUUGUGUGUGUCGUUCUCUUAUUAAUCUUCACAAAUCUAGGCAUUUUCUUGGAGCGGUGGUGUAAUUCGAGUAUUUAGCGGGGACAGUAUUGCAAUAAGGCGGAAUGAGGAGAAAAACGUCGACAGCUCAAAGCAAGGGAAAUGAAGUAACCGACAAGCAGAGUUCGUGGAAAGUGAGUGCUUGAUUAGUAUUAGAAAGAAGGAACAAAACUGUACGCAAUUUGUUCGAAUUUCAACCGUGUACACACAAGCAAACGCAACAGUAGCGGAAUGGAAAGUACAGGAACUGGCUGCAUCGGCCGGAACGUGUUGUAUUGAAUGUUAGAAUUAGCGCCGAUUUGUAUCGAUUACAAGUAUCCCGAAGUAUUACAGGUCGAUCCAGAAAAAUGAACAGAAAAUAAACUCCAGAAAUAACAAAAAACCCGGUUGAAAUAUG